UAGUGGAAAAGCGACGCGAAGAGUUUUUUUCCCAGUGCCUCUGAGUUCCUGUGUGGAGGAAGAUACGUUUAACGGAUUAAGUUUAAAGUUAAAUGUCGGUUACAGAACGUACACGGACGACCGUUGGUGAUUACACAAGUCACCUCAGCUGCUGUUUAUACCGAGAAUGUUUCUUCAGAUUUUGUCUUCGGACUGUCAUAUGGUGUAAUAGCUCCAAAACCACUUUGGGUGAUCCUGCUAAGGAACAAGAAGGAAAUAAGUCCCAAAAGAAGAUUAAGAUAUUUUCAGAAAAGUAAAAACAAGGUGGACUACUACAAUAAAAGAUGAGAUCACUCAAGAAACCGAAAGGACGCUCUAACCUGUCCACACGGGCAAAGAGUGUGAGGAAAAGAGGAGAUAAGCAUGACAGACAAUCACAAACUACACCUGCUGCAGUGUCACCCCAGAAAAAUAUUACAUCCAAGUUGGACAGCUCUGAAGGGAAGACAGUCAAAAGGAGCAAUACUCCAAACAAGGAAGGGCUAAAAGGGCAGAUAAAAGGACUAUCUGUGGAAGUAGAUCAAGCUGAGCAAAUAGUAGUGAGGGUCAAUAAAAUGACCGCUUCUGAAAACACUAGCUUAAAAACGCAGAAUAUUACCAUGACAAACAGUAUAACCAACAACCCACUGAGCACUAACAUACCAGCCAACAGCUCAAACAAAAGCAUCACCAAUCAUAGUCCCAUCACACUGUCUAGUAGGAAAACAGCUACCUUCAAAGCCAGAGUGCCCAAGAAAAAGUAUAUGUAUGAACACGGAACUGUCAGCACCUCUCCAGUCAGUCCUCCUGUACCUCCACUUGCUCUUAAUAGCAAUCACCUCAGUAAAAUCUGUAACCCCAUUAAUCCUAAUAGCCACCUUGUAGCCAAUAAUGUUGUAACAGAUGCAGACAAUAUUAUGUCUGCCAACAUAAAUAGCAACGUUUUAGCAGACAAUAAAACAACCACAGAAGCCUCAACACUCAAUUGUCUGGAUAGGGGAGAAGUUGUCAAAGAUGAACUUCCAUGUAUGAGAAAAGACACAGUUGAGCAAGUGAAAACCGAUGAAUUUGGAGAUGCUGCCCCAAACUCAGCUUGCUCAUCAUCGACUGAAACAGCCAGUGAGAACUUUCCAGAUCUGGAGGUGGUGGAGCCUUUUAAUGUGCAUCAAAGUUUAGGAACUACCUUAAACAGACCAAAAAGCCCACUAACCAGAGCACUAUCCCUGCCUCCAAACCUUACCCAAAACAACCAUAAACUUGAGCAGGAAAGCUUUUUAGAAAUAGCUGAGGCACUGGUUAAAGGCCUUAAGAAUCAAAGAGUGCUAGCACGUCAUCAGAGAACAAAGGAUAAUAUAGAAGGAGAAGAUCCAAUAAAAGAAUGUGUCUUCAUACGUGGUGUGGUGCGUGGGGCUACUAAAGAGCAGCUCAAUGUAGAAUUGCAGAUUAAUGGGGAGGAGAUGCAACUUUUGCUCCCGUUUCAUACAUUGGUAAAUCACCCAGACAAAACUACUGACCUCAUUUUAGAUGCCCCUCCACCAGGCAACGAUCCAGUGGAAGUCGGGACACGUGUUUGUGUGCCUUAUGGAGAAGAUAAAGGGAAGGAAUGGUAUAGGGAAGGUGUAGUGUCACAGAUGGACUCGCAUCCAGCUGUUGCUUGCCCUUACAGAGUGCUACUACAUGAAGAGAAAAAUCACAAGGAUGCAGGGAACAAACGAGAUGAGGGGCAACAAAGAACUGGUGUUCAGGCUGUGUGGGUAUCACGACAGAACCUGCGCCUUCUUGUCCCACCAUGGGAAGGAGACGUGCAAGAGAGAGAAGAAAGAGAGAGAAGGGAAGAUGUGGAUGUAGAAAGAGAGAUGUGUCAACUUAGUAGGGGAAUGACUAUAGGAGGUAUAAAGCCACCACAGAAGACUACUGAUAUUGGUGGUCAACAGUAUGAGGGCACACCCACUUCUUCAUCUGCAUCCUCGCCAGCAAUUAUGAUGUCAAACAGUGCACUAAUCAUAGUAACUGGAAGAGACAGUCAAGUGUCUAAGGACACAGAUAGAGACAGAGCAAGAGAAAGAGAGAGAGAAAGAAAGCAGCUACAGACUCCAGAGGUUGACUUGGAAGUUUUAAGGCUUAACCUGGCACCUCUUCAAGAUGCAGUAGGUACUUUGGUUUCUGGAGUACCCAAAACAGUUAGACACAGCCACCACAGACAAAUCAUUUCAAAGCCUUCUGGAUAUUCAAGUCCCAUUUCAGUUGUCCGAGGUCUUGCUGGCACUUCCUUGGGAACCCACCUGACUGGUCCUCUAUCAGGCAGCCCACAGCCCCCGGCUUCUUCAGCUUUUGUUGGAACUGAUGGACUUCAUUUGCAGACCCACCCUUCAACUGUGCCUCCCUCACCUAGCUCAAAAGGUUUGCUUACAAUCUUGGAUAAAAGCUCCACUGCUUCACAGAAUUCUGCUCCUAUCCCAGGGAGUUCUGCUUCCUCCUCAGCUUCCUCCUCUCGAUCACGAACUCCACUUUCUGCAGCUCAGCAAAUAUAUAAGAAAGGUGACGUGGUGUGCACACCCAAUGGUAUACGCAAGAAAUUUAAUGGAAAGCAGUGGCGUCGUUUGUGUUCGAAGGAUAGCUGCAUGAAAGAGUCACAACGUAGGGGCUACUGCUCUCGACAUCUCUCAAUGCGCACUAAAGAGAUUGAAGGAUCAGUAGGAGAGAGAGAGCUAAAGAGAGGUGGAGGGAGCAGUUCAGGUACUGCAACCCCUUCAGACUUGCGGGGCAGGACUAGCAGUGAGUUUGACUGGGAGGAGACAUCACGGGACAGUAGUGAAACCAGCAGUCGGGGAACUGACUCACGACCACGUCUUGUUCUUCCAUCACUUCUGCCACAGGAUUUUUCACGUUUUGACUUUGAUGAAUGUGAGGCUGCUACUAUGCUCGUGUCUUUGGGGAGCUCACGUUCAGGGACACCUUCAUUUUCUCCUAUAUCAAACCAGUCACCUUUCUCUCCAGCUCCCUCUCCCGCCCCUUCUCCACUUUUUGGUUUCCGUCCUGCCAACUUCAGCCCUAUUACAACUUUAACAGUCUUACCUCCUCGUCGCCACCGACAAACAAGUGGUACUUGCAGCUCCAAGCUUAGUACCUUAAUGGCAGAGAAAGAUAGGGAAAAACUUGCACCUGGCAUUGUACCAUCUUUCCAAACCAGCUUAACGUUUACUGUACCUGUAAGUCCUAACAAACAUAAAUCAGAUACCUCACAACCCACAGCUCUUGUUAUGCAGGAUUGCACUAAACUUGAAGUGGACAACAACACAGGAGAUCUCUCCUUAGGAACUUCCUUUCAUGUACUUUCUUCUCAGACAACCACUUUUUCUCACUGCAAAAGGCCCACCUCAUCCACAGCUUCUUCACUACCACCUUCUCCUUUAACCUUAGAAUCAGGGUCACAACGUACACUCUCUCAACAGAUACUGCAUGACUCUCCUGUAAUUGUACGAAAUCCUGAGGUUCCUCUAGCAAAAUUUGCUGAUUGUCCCCUGGUAAAGGUUGCAGAUAAGGAGGGAACAAACUCUAAGCAUGACAACUUGACUGGCGUUCUCCCUGGUGUAGGGUUACAGAUGCCUGUUCCAAUUAACGCUGCAGCAUCUAAUAAUGGGGCAGUAUUAUUACAUAGCCCUUCAACAACUUUGGUUCUGGUGUCUUCCAUCUCUUCCCUUCCAAACCCCAACCCUACAAGUCUCACCACUCAAUCCAGCCCUGCCAUAUCCUGCAUAUCGGUGCCAAGUCCUGCUCCUGAGUCUGCUUCCUUUGGAUCAGGAGAACGAGAUCAUGGAAAGGGAGGAAUAACAAAAUUACAGCAACCAGUUCCAUGUCAUCCUGCCCCAACGGCUUUAUUGCCACUUUUACUUCCUGCAGAGACAUUACACCCAGUACCCUGCAAGGACAUAAUUAUGGGACGUCCAGGAACCGUGUGGACUAAUGUGGAGCCUCGCUCGGUUCCAGUGUUUCCUUGGCAUUCGUUGGUGCCAUUUCUGGCACCUACCCAAUCAGAUCCAUCGACACAGCCUGGUGAGGGCCAGCAGCCUGUCAAUCAUUCUCAAGCUGGCACUCUUAAGAAAGAGUCCCAGGGUGGACCGGUGGUGAAGGAGGUCGUCGAGGGAGCAUCAAACCUUGCUUUGCGACCUGUUCCCUCUAUCGAUGAUCUUCCCCCAGAGAGAGAAAGAGAGCGGGAGACAGAGAAAGAGAGACCAGACAGUGAAACGGAGAGCGAUGUUGAUGAUCCGUUUUUACCAGGUGUCCUCCCAGACCCACCAGUCUCAGCAUCUCCCGGGAAACGCCGUUCUCAGUCUCUGAGCGCACUGCCUAAAGAUGACAAGAACAGCCCUGGCAAGCGGGAGAAGGAUCACAUCCGGAGGCCCAUGAAUGCCUUCAUGAUCUUCAGCAAGCGCCACCGUGCUCUCGUUCACCAGCGGCACCCUAAUCAGGACAACCGCACUGUUAGCAAGAUCCUGGGAGAGUGGUGGUACGCUUUGGGACCCAAAGAAAAACAGAAAUAUCACGACCUAGCUUUCCAGGUGAAGGAAGCACACUUUAAGGCACAUCCUGACUGGAAGUGGUGUAAUAAGGACAGGAAGAAGUCGAGCAGCGAGAGUCGGAACGCACCAGGUGGAAAAGAUGUCAGAGAGAGAAGCAUGUCGGAGACAACAGAGCCUCCGGCUGUUUCUGUGAGUUCGGAGCUUAAAGGGAUGGGGCCGGGUGUGGUAGGAGUAUCAGAGCGCGCUGGAGGGGAGAGGCUUGCACGCCCUCGUGCCUUCUCGCAGAGUGCUAUGCACAGCUUAGAGAGAAGUGAGAGGAGUAACCCUCAGGUGCUAGCAGAGCUUGCACAGAUAUGUGGAGAUGGGGGCCAGUUUUCAAGCCGUGGGGGAGCAGUGUCUCAUGUCCAGAGGGGUGUGAGUGAAGAUAUGACCAGUGAUGAGGAGCGCAUGGUGAUCUGUGAAGAGGAGGGGGAUGAUGAUGUCAUUGAGGACCCUUAUCCUGCCAGCUCCAUAGACUUGAAGUGUAAGGAGAAGGUGACAGACAGUGACAGUGAAAAUGGAUCUGGGGACGAAGGUGAACGCAAGAGAAUCUUUGCUCCUGUGAUCUGCUCGUCGGCGUCAGGGCCCGGUCACGGACGGAGCGUAUCUCUCUCCUCCUACCCUUCCUCCAAACACUCCUCAGACUCUUCCAUCAAGAGGAAGCGUGUGAUAGAGGGAGGAGAGGGAGAGCAACGGGACGGUGACUGUGGUGCGUCUGACUGUCUUUCCCUGUCUUCCUCUGGCCAGUCCAUUUCAGUCAGCACAUCUUCAGCUUUGGGAGCAGCGAGAGUAGCAUCUACUAUUGUCACUAACGUGGUACGUCCGGUCGUCAGUACACCAGUGACAAUCGCUAGCAAAUCAGGCCAAGACAGAAAAACCACCACUCCUCAGGCGCAGCUGCUUAUUGGAUCUGGGGUGGCAGGAAGUGGGGUAACUUUGGCACCAUCAGGAGGGGGUGGGCACCAUUCUUCUUCUUUGCAGAGUUCUGUAACUGCACCUGGACGUCAAGGGGGAUUAAGUCUAGUAUUGGGAGGUGCAUUCCAGGCACCAUCUGCAGUGCAGCUUAUCACACCCCCUCCUUCUCAAAAUCAAGCAACCCCUGCCACAGUAACUCCAACACAGAGUAAUGGCCCUGCACCUCUGCCACUGCUGCAGCCUCACAUCCUGCCUACAGCAUCACCUGCACCCUCUGCAGGCCAAAAAGCAGUCACACAAGUACAGUACAUCCUGCCCACUUUCUCUGCCAACAAUCCCAAGAGCCCCUCCCCUCAGCAGCCCAGCCAGGCAACCAGUAUCUUCACCCUGCCUACAGCUCCGCCUACACAUGCUUCAGGGGCAAAUGGGAAGCAGACUGGAUAUAGCCCUGGCCCUGCAGUAGGCAUGGUCAAUCCAGGAGCUAGAGUGCAAACACAGUCCCCAGUCUUACAGGGCAAGAUGCUUGUUCCCAUGGCAACUGUGCGGACCACUCCUGCCCCUUCUCAGCAGUUUCCCUUGAUGGCACCUCCUCUUCCUGUGCAGAAUGGAGCUCAGUCAGGAAACAAGAUCAUCCAGAUUGCCCCCAUGCCCGUUGUGCAGUCUUCGAUUCCUACAGCGGGGAGUUCAUUCCCUGUAACCAUGGCAGCAGCCACAGUUGUUGCCCCCCCAGGCUCUACCCCCUCACAAGCUGUGCUUCUGCCACCCCCACCCACAAGAAUCACUUAUGUCCAGUCCACUCCAGGAGCCCCCUCCCCUAUCCCGCUCGUAUCUACUGCGACAGGCUCCACCUCCCAAACGGCCUCCCCAGCACCUGGAUCUGCAUAUGUGCAGUCUCCUUUGGCCACCUUUGCAGCAAUUGCUCAUUCGGGACAGACUUUAGUGCAGCCACUUAUUUCCGGUCAACCUCCUUUGUUAGCACCACCCCAGUCUCCCAACCCAGCCAUUACAGCCAUCUACCCCUCUACCUCUGUCACCCUGGCGACAGGGGUGGUGUCUGCAGCAACGGUACCACCCGGUGUGGUUUAUACGGUCUCAAGCCCCUCCAUCCUUCCAAAACACACUUCCAGCACUUCUGUUACGCAUACAUCCCUGUCAGCCCCCGACAGGCCGGGUCACGGUUCUGCUCAUGCUGAGCUGGACAGACAGACAGAUAAACUGCCUGUCUCUCACACUGACAGACUGACUAAAGUUGGCAGCAGCUCAACGGCUCCACCGCCUGGUGCGCCGUUGUCUCUACAGCCUGCCAGUCCAGCUCAGCCACCACUUUCUGCUGCCAUUUCUAAACUUUCCCCGGGACCUGCUAGGCCUCCGCAGAAGGUCAAGGCCACGGUGGCAAACAUCCCAGUCGGCUGCUACGAUGGAGGAGGGAGAGGAAAAGAGAGAGAAAAAGACAGGGAGAAAGAGAAAGAGAGGGAACGUGGGAAGGAGAAAGAAAGCAGCAGCUGUUUCUCUUUUGAGGUGGAUAAAUCAGGAGAAGUGACUCCCGCUGCUAACACCUCACUAGAUGACAGCUCUUCAGAAGCAGAAGCCCAUAACCCCGGUGAAGCAGGUUCCACAAGCACACGCAGCAAAGAGGCCAAUGCUAAAGAGGCUGAAUGGAAAGACUCUACUUCCUCUUCUCCGUUAUCUCUGUCGGCGCCAGAGCCUCAGUCGGACAAAGAUACCCCUCUUCCUAAAAAGCUUAAGUCCCGCCCACCACCACUGAAGCGCCCGUUUGAUUCGGUUGACAAAGUCCUGUCAGAGGUCUUCUUUGAGGAACGAUUUGCUGAGCUGCCAGAGUUUCGUCCCGAGGAGGUGCUUCCCUCGCCGACCUUGCAGAGCCUGGCCACUUCUCCACGCGCCAUUCUGGGCAGCUACCGCAGAAAGAGGAAGAACUCCACCGGUGAGAGAGAUUUAGACUCCUCCACAGAUGACCCCAUCUCCCCAAAGAGAAAGAGCCGGCGUAGGUCUAGCUGCAGCUCAGAACCAAACACCCCUAAAAGCGCUGCCAAGUGUGAGGGUGAUAUAUUUACCUUUGACAGGCCAGGUACCGAUGGGGAGGACAUUUUGGGGGAACUGGAGUUCGAUAAGGUGCCAUACUCCUCUCUGAGAAGAACUCUGGAUCAGAGGAGAGCACUUGUCAUGCAGCUAUUCCAGGAACACGGUUUCUUCCCUUCGGCCCAAGCCACUGCUGCAUUCCAGGCACGAUAUUCGGAUAUCUUCCCAACCAAGGUGUGCUUGCAGUUGAAGAUCCGUGAGGUCCGCCAAAAGAUCAUGCAAACGGCUGCGCCUGCCGAAAGCAUAGGGACUUCUGACCCUGCCUCUUUACCCGGCCCUUCAGCCAUCGAGGGAGGAGGCGGGUCCGAGUCUGCAGAGGCGAUGCGAGACGAGGAGCAAAACAACUCUGAGGAGCCCAGGAACGCAGGCGAUUCACUGGACUCCACCAGAUGAGUGUAACGAACAAAAUGAAAGGAACGACUGAAAACCAGAUCCCUCCUCCUGCAUCUAUAGAAGACGCGUGCUCUGCUCAAUAGAGUGCCAGUGUGGAAUGGAUGUUCAGAGGUGGAGGUCCUAUCAUGAACUGGGGUUUUAAAACUGAAUUUGACAGUAUUUCAUGUAUUAAAAAGACUUUUAAUUACAAAAGACACAAACAUAGGUCACAUUUACAAACACACACACACACCACUUCUCGUUGUCUUAAAAUAUUCACACUUGAACUUAAUUUUACUGCGAAGGCUUCCUUUGGACUCUUGAGACUUGAAGAUUAUAGAAUUGUUCUGUAAGCAUCGAAAGCAACCCUGUUAUUAUACAGAGGCAGGACGUCAGAGGGCAUCAGAUUCCAUUAAAGACUAAAAUGAUAAAAAAAAAAAAACUAAAAAAAAAACGUGACACAUGGAAGUAACAGUCGGGCACAGAUGGUUUGUCAUAGGCUCAUGGUUUACUGCCAGUCAUUGGGAGGCCGGCCUCCACUGGCUGGGAUUUAGAGGAGAUGAAGACAUAAUGGACACUUAUAUUUUGAUAUUUACUUAACCCUAUUUUCCUUACAUUGUGUUUCACUUUUAAAAGGCUUUUUAUCUGCGAGCAUCGUCAAGGCACUGAAUAGCUUCUUCUAAGGACUAGCUUAACUUUCACAAGCUCCUCCUUCCUAUGAUUGGCUGUAGUAGAUACCAGUCACAGCCUAAGCUACAGACUGGCCAGCCAUGAAGGAAGACAUUAUUAGAAGGGAAGUCAGUGGGCACAUUAUGGCCAUUGAUUGGACAUGUUUUUUUUUUUUUUGGUUUUGUUUUUCUCCAUAUAUAUUGAGAAACCUAUUUAAUUUUUUUUUCUUUCCAAGCCAUUUUCUUCAGUAUGAGAUGAGGAAGAAAAGAAAAGAUGGUGAAAUACAUUAUUUAGAUAUUUACUAUGACAUACCUUUUUUUUUUUUUUAAAAAAAAAAAAAAGAAAAAGCAAACUUGACUUUUAAUUUAAAUCAUAAAUCUACAGGUCAAUAUGUUACUGCAUUUCUUAUUACUGUUCUUAUUAAUACUGUUCUUGUGGAUCUAAUCCGUAUAACCAAUAUACUGCACCUUUUUGCUUUCAAGGAUAUAAGUAAGAGAGGAGAGGAGCACAAAGAAACUCCACUCUUAUUUUGUCCUCCAACGUCGCACUUCAACUGCGACGUUCAUUUAACUUUUUCCUUUCGGUGAUCUUAUCUUGGUAAUCACAGACAUGUGAUGAAAUUUUUUUUCUCCUUCUUUUAAGAUCAUAAAUAUAUUACAUGCUCCUAUCUUGUCUAGGACAAAGCCCAGUCUUAUAGCUCUAAUUCAACCUUCUCCACUAACAUUCCUUCCUGUUCCUUCAUUCCUGGUUUUCCCCUCCUUCUGUCACUUUCCCGAUCUUUCUACAUUUCAGCCACUUUAGGUUGAGCUCAGAGAGAAAGGUGAAAGAAGAGGAGAUGGAGGCAGGAUGUCUGUGAUGAUUGUGCUGUGUGAGGCUUAUUCAUGUUGUACAUAGUUCUGGUGGAGUCUCAUGGCUCUAUACCAUAGUAAGGAGCAUCAUUAAACGUUUAUGCCAUUACAGGAACUGAAAUAGUAAAAAAAAUGAAUAUGAAUAUUAACAUUUUGCUAAUUAUGUGAAAAGAUUUAUACAAAUAAGCUCUACAUUUGUAUCUAUUUCUCUCAGUAUAUGAAUAAAUAGAUGUUCAAAUAAACAGCAA